CCAAAGGCAACAGCAGCUGUCCAUAUUGUGCUAAGCACGUUCGUAGUGCGGCUCCUGUCUCCCGGACGCGACUUUACUCCCGCCAAAUGCUACUCUUUAUUACUACUUGUACUGCACAGGCAACAUAACACACUGUAUAUGCCCAGGGAACAUUUGCUAAAGCUGAUCCCAAAACAACCGAAAAUCCUUAGCCUCUUUCUGAACAAGUUUCCCCGGCGAAAAAUGCCGUCGAUUGGACCAGGGUAGAAAAUACUGUACGCUCCAACUAAGAACAUCCGCCAACAACCAUAAUGUUUCGACGUCUACAGCACUUUGGUGGAGCAGCGCGAGAGUGGUAUCAGACGAAUGUUUUAGCCACUGGUGCUCCGGUUGACAGCGAGAAGAUUGAAUUCGCCCGGGCCAAUGAUUAUUAUGAUGAACAGAAUUAUCAAACCUAUGGCCAGGAUUAUAAUGAAUGCACAACGGGCGACAGCAAUAUUAAUGGCAAUUAUCACGGGGGAUUUGGGGAGUACGAAGAGUUUUCCGAGGGUGUGGCAACGCAGCAUAAGAUUUCAGAAUGGCAAGCCGGGUGGAACGUCACGAAUGCCAUCCAGGGCAUGUUUGUGGUCAGUUUUCCCUACACCGUUCUCAAGGGCGGCUACUGGGCGAUCAUAUCAAUGGUGUUCUUCGCCUACAUUUGCUGCCACACCGGGAAGAUCCUGGUGGACUGCUUGUACGAACCUAAUCUGGACGGUAUACCGCAACGUAUCCGCGGAUCGUACAUGGAUAUUGCCGCAGCCGUGUGGGGUGCUAAAUGGGGCCGGCCCGUUGUGACGGCCGCGCAGCUCAUCGAGCUGCUGAUGACCUGUAUUCUGUAUAUCGUCCUGUGUGGUGACCUUAUGGAAGGUAGCUUCCCGGAUGCUGCUAUCGGCGCUAAUGGAUGGAUGAUCAUGAGCGCUGUAAUAUUAUUAUCUUGUGCAUUUUUACGCAAUCUCCAGUCCGUUUCUUUCACGAGUUUUUGGUGUACAGUAGCUCAUAUUAUCAUCAACAUGAUAAUUCUAACAUACUGCUUGAUUUGCAUCAAAGAUUGGCAUUGGAGCGAUGUGCAAUUCAAGAUCGAUAUUUACUCGUUUCCUAUUGCUCUUGGAAUAGUUGUGUUCAGCUACACAUCGCAAAUCUUCCUUCCAACACUGGAAGGCAACAUGACCAAACCGAAUCGAUUCAACGCCAUGUUAAAUUGGAGUCAUUUGGCGGCAGCUGUGUUUAAAGCACUUUUUGCCUACGUUGGAUUCCUGACCUGGGGUUUAGAUACACAAGAAGAAAUCACCAAUAACCUCCCGACACAGGGCUUCAAAGCCAUCGUCAAUCUCUGUCUGGUAAUUAAAGCACUGCUCAGUUAUCCUCUUCCGUUCUACGCGGCAUGCGAUACGCUGGAGCACUGCUUGUUCCGCGGCAAACCCGACACACCCUUCCCGUCGUGCCGAAAUCCCGAUGGGUCUUAUAAGAAGUGGGGAAUUGGCUUCAAAAUGGGAAUAGUAUUUACGACGCUGAUUAUGGCCAUCGCCAUUCCGCAUUUUACCACGCUCAUGGGAUUUAUUGGGAAUUUCACCGGCACGAUGCUUAGCUUCAUUUGGCCCUGUUACUUCCAUAUGAGGCUGAAGUGGGAAACCCUGGAAUGGUACAUCAUUUCCCUGAAUGCCUUCAUUAUUUGUCUGGGGCUAAUCUGUGGUUGCGUCGGAAUGUAUUAUUCAGCAUACGAGUUGAUCAGAGCAUUUAAUGGAGAGGAUAUAAGCUAUAAACCUUUGCCGAUUAUCGGAAAUUACACGGGAUAAAACCAUCGCAUCGAUAAAAAUGUGUUGGAAAUGCGUGAUCUCAAUAACAAGUUCUUUUUACGUUAAUACAUCAGUUCUUUUAUUAUGUACCCGUACCUCGUUGUUAAUCGUGAUCUUUCAGUGUUUUGUAAAGAAUUUCAAAAUGUGUGCAAAGGAUUUUCAAGUUGCGUGUUGGUGACCUUAGUUGCAAAUUCAUAGUGAAUAUUACACUGUCUUGCUAAAAAUGACAAUAGAAGCGUAACCACAACAAUUUAGAAAAACAGAUGGCCAAUAAGUAAUCUUCUGGACAACAU